AAAGGAUUAACUACAAAAAAUUUCAAUCCCGAAGCCUACAUCUAAAUCUCGGAAGUGUCCCCCCAGUUAAACCGUUUCUCUUGGACCAAUGGAGUUCACGCAAGCAACGCAAACUCAACCGACCCAGAAAUCCCGGGAGACACAGACUCAGGAUGGUCGAGAGGUGGAUGCCGAACUAAUAUGUCGAUUUAUUUGUGCCACUGGUCAGAUCAAUUGCUUUGAUUUAUCUAAAAGUAAAAUUACAAUUGAUGGUAGAAAAGAAUGGACUUUUGGUAGAGGUACCGAUUGUGAUUUUAAAAUGGCAUUUUCUUCAAGACUUUCAAAUAAACAUUUCCGAGUAUGGUUAAAUGAGCAUGAUAGUUCAUUAUGGAUUCAAGAUACAUCUACUAAUGGAACAUAUCUUAAUAAUAGUAGAUUGGUUAAAGGGUCUAAUUAUAUAUUGAAUCAAGGAGAUGAAAUAUCAGUAGGAAAUGGAGUAGCCAAAGAUGUGGCACGAUUUGUAGUAUUAUUUUCCGAAGAUUAUAAUCCAUUAAAAUUAUCAAGUUCUAAUAAUAAUUCAGUAAUAAAAGAUGAAGGUAUUUAUAAAGAUUUUACUAUUAAAAAUGAAACAAUUGGACAAGGAGCAUUUGCAACCGUUAAAAAGGCUAUUGAAAGAUCUACAGGUAAAUCUUUUGCAGUCAAAAUCAUUAAUAGAAGGAAAGCAUUAAAUACAGGAGGUGGAGCAUUAGAUGGAGUAGAUCGAGAAUUAUCAAUAUUACGAGAAUUAGAUCAUCCAAAUAUUGUUGCAUUAAAAGCAUUUUAUGAAGAUAUGGAUAAUUAUUAUAUAGUAAUGGAAUUAGUUCCUGGAGGUGAUUUAAUGGAUUUUGUAGCUGCUAAUGGAGCUAUAGGAGAAGAAGCUACACAAGUUAUUACUAAACAAAUUCUUGAAGGGAUAAAAUAUGUUCAUAAUAAAGGUAUAUCACAUCGAGAUUUAAAGCCAGAUAAUAUAUUAAUUAUGCAAGAUGAUCCAAUUCUAGUUAAAAUAACUGAUUUCGGAUUAGCUAAAUUCAGUGAUAACUCAACAUUCAUGAAAACAUUCUGUGGAACUUUAGCAUAUGUAGCACCGGAAAUAAUAACUGGGAAAUAUGAUCAAACAGCUGAUAUUGCUAAAAGAAAUUAUUCAUCAUUAGUAGAUAUUUGGUCAUUAGGAUGUUUAGUAUAUGUUUUACUUACAUCUCAUUUACCAUUUAAUGGUAAAACUCAAGCACAAAUGUUUCAAAAAAUUAAACUAGGAGAAUUUCAUGAAGCACCAUUAAAUUCAUAUCAUAUUUCUAAAAUGGGACGAGAUUUUCUUAAGCAAUGUUUACAAGUAAAUCCAAGAUUACGUAUAACAGCAGAAGAAGCUUUAAAUCAUCCUUGGAUACAUGAAGCUUAUUGUGAAGAAUCUCAACUGCAAAAGCCAUUAAGUUUAUCCCAAUCUCAAUCACAACAAUCUCGAAAGAUAGAUAAUGGUUUGGCAAUUGAUGCAUCUAUAAGUAAAAUAGAUGAAGAUGUUAUGUUCAGACCAUUAGAAGGAAAGAGAGUUAAGAAUGCUAAGAAUGAAUUUAAAGUACCAAAAAGAGUUAUACCACUUCCUCAAUCACAAAUACCUGCAAGUCAACCACCUAAAGCUAAUAAUCCAGCAUUAGAUGGAUAUUCACUAUCUCAACCUAAUGAAAUUGUUAAAAGAAUUGGUAGUGAAGAAAUAUCACUUCCUCUUAAUUUUAAAAGACAAAAAGUUAUUGGGAUAGAAGAUCAUGAAAGACUUAAGAGGAUAUCUAUAUCUAAUCCACUACUGAAAAUAUCAGAAGAAACUUCAGGAAAAAUACCUAGUGGUACUUGGUUAACAUUAGAACCAUUACCAGAAUCUAUCUAUAAAUUUCCAAUACAUAUGCAUGAAUUAGAUUAUCAUUCUAUUGGUAGACUUGAAAUUUGUGAUACACAUAUAGAUGAUGAUAGGAUGUCUAAAAUCCAUUGUAUCAUAAAUAAAACUUAUCUAGUACCAGGUAAUCGAUAUCAGAUUUCUUUAUUAGAUAUGAGUACUAAUUCAUGCCUGGUACAGCAACAAGUUAUUGGAAAGGGUAAGAAAAUUUCUAUUCGAGAUAAUGAUACAAUUCAUUUCUUUAUUGAUGAUAGUUUAAAUGAACUGAUUGGAUUUAGAGUAAUUGAUAGAGAUCCAAACAAUCAUACUAUAUCUGAUGUUCCAAAAAUAGAGCCCAUGAACUCAUUUGAGAAUGCUUUGAGAUUACUGGCUCAAGAAAGAGGUUCAAACCGUAACACUAGCGCAUAUGAUAUUACUUUAUCUUCAACUUAACGAUUUACAUUAAAACAUUUUUCAUUUCUUU